AUGCCAUUGAUAGGUGAUAUCGGUGGACUCGAUAUCAGGAUGACCAACAGCAUCCAAAGCUCAAUGCUAAACCACACUGAACACAAUCAUCAAAUCCAGGGUAACAUUUGCAACAACAUGAAUCCUGACCUACACACCUAUCAUGUGACCAAAAUUCCCAAAUUUAAGGCCCCAGUACCUCCAUUUCGUGAACAAGAUCAUUACAUGUCAAUUGCAAAUUUGGUCCGGAUCAUAAGGCGAGUCCUUCCUAGCAAUGCAAAGGUGGCUGACGGGGCCAAAGAGAUGCUGCAGGAAUGUGUUUCAGAGUUCAUCAGCUUCAUCACUAGUGAGGCUAAUGAGAGAUGUCAACAGGAACACCGCAAGACUAUUACAGCUGAAGAUGUUAUUGUGGCAAUGUCUAGGCUUGGGCUUGAUCACUAUGUUGAGCAGCUAUCUAUAUACCUCCAAAAGUACCGAGAGAACGAGCUGUAUCCAUCUGUCCCUAGGCGCGGUUUUGAGAACAUUGCUUUUCCCACUAAUGUCUUGCCCUCUUUUGCUGGGGUUCAUCCUCAAUCUGCUAUGUUUAGUACUUCAUCUGGCACAGGCUGUGGACCAAUAAGUACAAGUCAAGACUUGUACACAUACCCUAUUGGUGAUAGUAUUGGCCCAAGUUUGGCUCUUGGAAUUGGUGGACCAAGUGAAAGUGAAGGAGUCGGUCCAUCUGAGCCACCUCACACCGAUCAGUAUUUUUGUAGCCCAUAUGGUCAUUAAAAGUAAGAAAACGGUAGAGUAAGGGAAGGUAACUAGGAGAGGAUGGAUGGAUAUCUUACUAUAUCUAUGGGAGACAAAUCUCAAAUGCUUGGUUAAAAUGUCGUA